AUGUGGAAGACUGACCCUGAAGAAAUAACUAUCCUCAUCCAGAGUCCUAUUAAUAGCUAGCUGAUAUACAAUACAGAGGGAAAUAGUAAAUUAAAGAAGGUAAAAAACUUUGGAAACAAAUUUCACUGUCUUGAUCUUGAGAAAAUAACUCUUUUCCCAAGAAGAAAGUAUGGCAUGGAAGUAUCUGGAGACAAGUUAAAUGUAAAGUUUUUGCAAUUGACUAAGUGUAAAAAGACAGUAAAAAACCCACCAGAGGGGUCUAACAAAAAGAACAGAGAGACGGGAGCCACCUUUGGCAUUCCAGGGCGGAGUCCACCACUUGACAGAAACCGAACCCGGAGGCCGGAAAUGGGCGGGCCCGAUUGUUCGGCUUCCGGGCGGAGGCGGUGGGCCUGCCUCCUGUCACGCCCGCAGCCGAGCGCCGCGCCCGCGCCUGCGCAACGGGAGGACCGUGCCCCGGGGCCACUUCCGGGGGCGGGGAGCGUAGGCGAGCGACUGGGUCCGCUUUUUCUUUUCUGUGCGGCGAACGCGGAAGUUCGGGGACUGAGGCUUUUGCAGGUGCUUUUGCAGGUGCUGGGGUUCCUGCGCGGCGUCGGGAGCCAAAUGGACGCGGGCGCGGCGGUGGUUGACGGUCCGGACGGUCCCCGGGAGCGACGAGGCUUGGGCGAGGCUGGGAGGCAGCAGCAGAACCACCAUGUGCAGCCUCAGUGUGGGACAAACGGGCUUCCGAAACCCUCGUACUGGUUGGAUCUCUGGCUCUUCAUCCUUCUAGAUGUGGCGCUGUUUUUCUUCGUGUAUCUUUUGCCCUGACUGGUUUGCUGAUACCUAAAUUAAGAAGUUGACAUCUGGAGUGGAAUCUGAAAAUGACUACAGACUUCUUGAAUAAAGAAGACAGGAAUUGUGCUGCGGCAGAAUUUCAGAACUCUAAGGGAACUUCCCUUCAUUUUACACCUCUGUUAAGUCAUUUGGAAAACUACAUUAAAUGGAUAGUAAUCUCACUCACUCAUAUCUAAGUUCUUAAACUGGACUCUUCAUGUUUAAAAAUUUUCAAACAUCUGAUAGUUUUACACAAGCUGAAUAUAAAAAUAUUCAUAAAAUAAAAAUGUCAUCCCUGUAAGACCUUAAGGGUUGAUUAGGGUUUAAUAUGAUACAGAUAAUAUGAAUAAUAACGUGAGGUAUUUAAAGUAAAUUAUUGAAGAAGGAGGGAAAGAUUUUGAGAGAAGGAACAAAGUGUUCUUGGAAUACAUUGACUCUAUAAAUAACACAAAAACUAUACAGAAAAUGUAAGCCCACCAUGUUGGCCCUAAAUACUCUUUAGUUAUAGAUGAAGUUGGACUGUUAUGAAAUGAUGUCUUGACUGAUAGGUUGACAGAGUCUUGAAGUAGAUAACAAAUAUUAGAAGUUUAGCAUGCAUGUCCUUUUGUAAACUGAAUCCCCUCCCUUAAUUCCUUUUAAACUCUUGAGCUCCCUGAAAUAAGAUUGUGCAUUUCAAACCUCUUUUUUAUUGCUGUUGCUUAGUGUUUGUGGCCAAAACAUAAUGUUUUUAUAAUGUCUGUUGCUUAAAUUUCAGGAAAUCAGCAUAUUUACUCAUUCAACAGUUGCUUGAGCCUUCUAUUGACUAAGCAUAAAAAUUUUCAAUUUAAGAGGCACAGUGACACAAAGAGAGCCGGGUGCCCGUAUCCACUCCCAUCACUCCUCAGAUGCUCCACUCACAAAGGAACUUCCUAAUAACCCUAAAGGGUUUAUAAAUGGACAUUUGAAAUAGGCUCUUAGCACUGAAAUUAGUGGCAAUCAGUAUGUGUGAACUGUCUAAAAUACUUGGAGGUUAGAUAAACUGUAUGUCAUCUACCUUUCAUAAUGAUUCUUGGAGCGAAGUCUAGAAUUGAUUUAGCAGUUAUGCCUGUACAGUGUCACAUCUAAAGAGAACCUUUUAUGGAAGGCACAAUGGAAACAUCUGAACACUGAGUUUAUCAAACAGACUAUGAACUAUUUUUGCACUGCUUACUAAUAAUUUUGUCUAAUAAAUGUUUAUUUCCAUG